AUGAGGGUAGUUAAUGAUCAGGAGAGUGGUCUAGUCCCAGAAACCAUGGCAGAUGCUCGUUCACGCGCUCUAAAACUGACCAUCUUGGUCGCUAUUCUUCGGACCGUCCAGCUUACUUUGGGACUUAAUAUACUUUUCCUGACAGGAGUUGGCGCAUCGGUUUUCCAAGGCGAUUUUAUCUUCAUUAGAUCUCGUUGGUUUCCCAAAUCCAACUUUAAUUGGUGCCAUCGGUUUGUAACCUUCUCGCGGGUCCCCCAUCCAAUACUGACAAACUUUACUGGUGUCCUCGAAAUCAUCACCUUGAUUUUCUGGCUCUCUACCUUCUCCCUCCUGGUCUGGGAAUGUAUGGACGGCGAUCAAACUUUCGCUGUCCCAGGAGACAGCGGGGAGCAACAACUCGUUACUUACGUCUCGGCAUCAAACCUCAAAAGUGCGAUCAAAGGAUUGAAAGCUGCUACUGGGCUGGCGUGUAUAAAUUGGAUCGCAUUCGCGGUCAUACCUACGCAGUAUGAUCGAAAGGGUAUCACAGCUGCGGAAGUCUUGUAA